AUGGAGUUCUCAACCCUAGAAGCACGCCUUGCAACCUUCGAACCUCCUUCGAAACGAUCAAAGCUAGGAUGGCCUCACAAAACCCCCACCGCCGAAGACCUAGCGAAAGCAGGUUUCUACUACAAACCAUUACCCACCAGCAAUGAUAACGCCAUGUGCUACCUGUGCGAUAGGUCACUCGAUGGCUGGGAGGCCGAUGAUGAUCCGAUUCAAGAGCAUGUGACACAUUCUAGUGACUGCGGCUGGGCAAUCCUGAUGAGCCUUGGACAAGACACCACUACAGAUGUAAAUACAAUGGAAGACCCUACAGGACAGCUGUAUGUAGACGCUAGAAGAGCCACCUUUUCGAUAGGUUGGCCCCAUGAAUCUAAGCGCGGAUGGACCUGCAAGAUAGAAAAGAUGGUUGAGGCUGGCUGGCACUAUGCACCAACGACCGAAAGCGAUGACUUUGUGAGCUGUAUCCACUGCAAGUUGUCGCUUGACGGCUGGGAGCCCAAAGACAAUCCGUUCAACGAGCACUACCGCAGAUCUCCCGACUGCCCUUUUUUCCAUUUCGCAGGCACAACGGCACCCAUAAAGCGCCCCCGAGCAAAGAAAGGUCGCGCAUCCAAAUCCUCCCGAGCAUCAAAGGCCUCCACUAGAUUAUCGACUCAGUCUGUCAAUGCAACAGUGCUUUCCGACGCUCCAAGCUUGAACAACAUUCCAGAUCUUGACGAGUCGAUAGACACUAGCGGUGUCUCAAUUCAAUCCGUGAUGUCGACUGCUUCUACAGCGACCACAAAAGGAAAGAGAAAAGCGACAGGAAAGCCAAAAGCGACGAAGGCGAAACGAACUAAAACAACCAGAGCCACGAAGGCCAAGAGACAACAAGCCGAGCUUGAAGAGACACAAGAGCCACAAGAGCAGACCAUUCCAGAACAAUCUCAAUCAAAACAAUCAGAAGAGAGGCCAGCUGCAGAGGUUGAGCUGGAACAAGCUAUCACAAUCCCACCGCAAUCACUACCUAGCCCAGUUACCACUCCUCGUGUUGAUGUAGAAUAUCCAAGCAUGCCCCGAAGUCCAGGGAUUGGCGAUAUUCCAACGCGACUCAGCCCGGUGGAGCCGCCUCCAGGGAAAUCACCUACACCUGCCAGACUCGGAACACGGAUAUCGCCAACCAGGUCUGCAGCGACACCUCUAAGGACAAGCAGGUCGCGAAUUGUAGUGAGCCCGUCGUCACCAUCAGAUAUUGAAAAUGCUCCACCAAGUUCACGACCAGCGUCUAUUCGACCUCCCCCUCCACAAACGGUUCCAGUUGCGUUUUCUUCCCCAGGAGAGCCAACCACGACCUGGGAACCUCUUGAUAUUGAAAUGUUAUUAGAACCAAGCACCCCCCAACCAGCCGAUUUAUUCGCCCUUGGCGGUGGGACCUUGAGUGACAAAGAGACCAAUAUGACUGUGCAAGAAUGGAUAGAAUUCGUUGCAGGUGAAGCGGAGCGAGGUCUCAGGAACGAAGCUGAGCGAGUGGUUGGUGUCUUUGAGCGUGAAGGGCAGAGAGCCAUGGGCGUUUUGGAAGCAAUUGUGUGCGUCUAA